CAGAUGAACGCGUCAUCAGCCAACGUGACGGUGGUUAUCGAGUAUCGAGACUCCUUCGCCAAAGCUGUGACCAAGAAUGUGAUUGUCCUGGUUCUUGGGAUCUCCAUCAACUACAUCAAUGCAAGCUUCAUUCACACCUUCAGCAAACACCAGAUCUUCUACAUGAAUCCUCGCUACAUACUUUUCAUUCACCUGGUGGUCAACGACAUGAUCCAAGUGACCCUGACCGUCAUCCUGUUUGUCAUCAGCUACACCAUCUACAAAUUAAAUGUCUCAGUCUGUUGCGUCUUCGUCCUUCUUGCCCUGUUCACCACUGUAAACACUCCUCUGAACCUGGCCUGCAUGGCGGUGGAGUGCUACAUCGCCAUCUGCAUUCCCCUUCGCCAUGCGCAGAUCUGCACCAUCAAGAGAACAUUCAUGCUGAUCGGUCUGAUCUGGACAACAACCUUGUUUUCUGGUCUUUCUGAUCUCUUCAUCACUUUAGUCACACAGCCUCUGGACUUCUUUCAUUCCCGAGUGUUCUGCCUCAGAAAUACUGUCUUUUCAAACCCUCUCAUCAUUAAGAAGAGAGAUGUCACAUAUUUAGUGUUUCUGGUUAUUGUUUGGCUCACUAUCUUUUACACGUACUUCAAGAUCCUUUUUACUGCAAAAACCACAAGCAAAGAUGCCAAGAAAGCCAGAAACACAAUCCUCCUCCAUGGGUUUCAGCUGCUGCUUUGUAUGGCUUCAUAUGUAGCACCUCAGCUGAAAGAUGCUCUGCAGCUGUGGUUUCCUAAAACUUUUACAGAUACUCUUUUUGCUUCCUAUAUUAUUGUACAGAUUCUGCCGCGAUCCAUCAGUCCAUUCAUCUAUGGCUUACGAGACAAUACUUUCAGGAAGUACAUGAAAAGGUACAUGUUUUGUAAAGUCAGCAUAACCUAAACAGCCAGUCUGAGUACCAAGGAAAAACUUUUGUCAGGUACAAGCAAACUCUGCAGUCUUUACAUGAUACCCUGUGCUUUUGUUAGCGUUACACUACUGAGUUCAGUCAGCCAAGAAACAUGCAGACAAUGUAAAGGUCAGCCAAACACACACAAGCUGUACAGUCUGUGAUGCUAUUCACUGUUUUGGAAAUACUGAUGUACAAUGGGCAAAAGUGCAA